AUGCGAAUUGACGCCUUGGUUUUAUCGUCCAUUACUUCACCGACUCCAGCAGUGAAGAUUGACAUGAAUAAAUGGCCAUACUUGAGAGGCAUAGGUUUGGCGGACAACCAGUUUGGUACGCCUGGAAUUAUCGACGUUCUUAUUUCCGCGGACGUGUGGGGGCGUCUCAUAGAGGGUGAAGUCAUCGGUGGAAGACCAGACGAACCUUUUGCCCAGCGUACCCGCUUCGGAUGGGUGGUGUUUGGUCCAGCAGCAGUGACCCUUCCUGCAAAGGAAUCAUUGCUCACACUCACCACUUCGCUAGACAGGGAGGACCACCGGUUGGAGGGACUGGUGUCAAAGUUCUGGCAAAUGGAGGAAAUAGCGGUGGUUGACAAUCUGCCAGAGAACGAGUGUGAGCAGAUUUUCGAUACCACUCAUAGCCGUACCCCAGACGGCCGUUAUAUGGUACAGUUACCCUUGCGGCAAAAGGCAACGGAACUGGGUGACUCGUACACACUGGCACUACAGCAAUUUCAUAGACUAGAGCGUCGUAUGGUUGCGGAUCCAGUCCUUAGAGAAAACUACAUUUCGUUUAUAAGGGAGUAUGCAGCACUUGGUCACAUGGAGACAGUACAACCACCUUGUAAUCACACCAAUUGCUACUACAUUCCACAUCAUGCGGUCACAGCUAAGUUUCGCGUAGUGUUCAACGCAUCGGCACCUACCAGCACUGGAAUCUCACUGAACGAUGUCCAACUGGUAGGUCCAACGCUUCAGGAUUCGUUGAGUAGUAUUCUUUUACGUUUCCGUCGCUAUCGAGUGGCGAUAACAGCAGAUAUAGAGAAGAUGUUCUGGCAAGUGCUGGUUGUACCUGAACAUCGCGACUAUCAACGAAUUAUAUGGCGUGAGUCUCCUGCAGACGAUAUCCGAGUAUAUCGCCUGAAGACUAUAACAUAUGGUAUGGAAUGCAGUCCUUACAAUUCAGUACGAACUUUACAACAAUGUGCUCGUGACAAUUCCGCUGUGGUUCCUGACGUACAACAGGCGGCUCGCGCUCGAACUGCGAUAUUAACUUCGUUUUAUGUGGACGACUUCUUGACAAGUUGUGACAGCGUUAUCGAUGCAGUGAAGCUGGCUAAAAAUGUGGACGCCAUUUUAUCCGCGGGAAAGUUCACCCUAAGAAAAUGGAACUCGAACGAUGGUCAGGUGAUGAUGCGUUUAUCUAAUGAGCAAUAUCUUUCUAGUUAUAUCUUCCAUCCUGGUGAGGCUUCCGUUUUGGGUUUAAGAUGGGACGCACUGUCGGAUCAGUUAUUCUUUCGCGUCGAUCUACGUCAAAGAGGAGAGAUACCCACGAAGCGCCGUGUACUCAGCGAGGUGGCACGACUUUUUGAUCCUACUGGAUUGUUAGCGCCUGUUAUCGUAACUGGGAAAAUAUUCAUUCAGAGACUAUGGUCUGCCGGUCUAUCUUGGGACUCACCAUUACCGGACGAUCUUUGCCGCGAAUGGCUGAAGUAUCGGGCACAGCUUCCAGAGCUUAAUCAAAUACGAAUCGAGCGGUGGAUGGGCAUGAUUCCACGCAUUUAA